UUGACCUGCAUUCGGUUGUGGUGGAGAAGUGUCCGUAAUAUACAUUUUAACACUUCAUACUCAAAAUCGAUAUUAACAGGUGCCCGGUAAUUGCAGGCAUCAUAAUGAUUAUCUUUUAAAAACCUUGCAGUCAGAGACAAAAAUUGAUGAAAUAUGGACGAACAAGAUACUGCAUCGAAUUCUGGAAUUUUGGAUGCCCAAACGGUUCAGAUAAUGGUAAAAAAUCUUCCCGCAGAGGCUUUCCACAACAUUGUGGAAACCACAACAAUCCAAUGUGGGCCGCCGCCUCUGGGUUUAAGUCGGAGUAUGUCGGUUCCAGAAGUGGUGGGGACAUCAGAUCAAACCCAAAUUAAUCUUAUAGCUAGUGGAACCGAUGGGCCUUCUACAUCAUACGUAUCAGUCACACAAAAUGCAGAUGAGACCAGUAAGAUAGCUGCAGCUGAUAGCAACACUUCUAAACAAAGUUAUGUCCCUUGUAAAGUAUGCGGUGACAGAGCAUCAGGCUAUCACUAUGGUGUAACAUCUUGUGAGGGUUGCAAGGGAUUUUUCCGUCGAAGUAUACAGAAACAGAUCGAGUAUAGAUGUUUACGAGAUGGGAAAUGUAUGGUUAUACGGUUAAACAGAAAUCGAUGUCAGUACUGUCGUUUUAAGAAAUGUUUAGCAGUUGGAAUGUCUCGAGAUUCUGUGAGGUAUGGAAGAGUACCAAAAAGAUCGAAGAGUCAAGACCAUGAUCAGCGGGUGAGCUCUACAGACUCCAUUUCUACACAAGAACAGUCAGCUCUCGAAAACAAACAGUUGGCAAUAUAUGAUGUCAUUCUCAGCAUAUCUCAGGCACAUCAUGCUCAUUGUGCUGUCACAGAAGACAAAAUGAAAAACUUUAACAGAAAGAAUUCAACAUUGGUUGAGAAGAUAGAACUACCUGAAGGAACAACCCACUUUACUGAUGAACAAAUGGAAUGUCAGAGAUUAUCAAUGUGGAGUCAGCUAGCGAAAUUAAUUACACCUUCAAUUCAUAGUGUUGUGGAAUUUGCUAAAAGAGUACCAGGUUUCUCUGAAUUAACUCAGGAUGAUCAGUUGAUAUUAAUUAAAGCAGGAUUCUUUGAGGUUUGGUUGACAAGGAUGGGGAGGAUGUUUAACAGGGGAGAGAACCUAGUCACAUUUGAAGAUGGUAGUAUGAUACAUAGGGAUGAAUUGGCUGUUGUUUUCUCACCAGCAUUUGUGAGUUCAUUAUUUGAUGUAGCAGCUAGUUUUAAUCAUUUAAAUCUCAACGAUACAGAAGUUGGUUUAUUUACUGGCAUAGUACUUGCCACAGCAGAUCGAUCAGGUUUGUCAGAUUCUAAAGCCGUGGAAAAAAUACAAGAUAAAUUGAUUGAAGCAUUAAAAUUACAAGUCAGUCGGAACCAUUCAACAGAAGAGAGCUUGUUUGCUUCAAUCAUAAUGAAAUUCCCCGAAUUACGAACUCUCGGCCAUCAGCAUAAUGAACUAUUAAAGUGGUAUCGAAUACAAUGGAGUCGCGUGACACUACCUCCUCUUUUCGCAGAAAUUUACGACAUCCCAAAACAUGAUGACAUUACACAUGUUGUUCCAACCUAGUCAGGGUAAUGAGAAGUUUUAGAUUGUAUUUUAUUUUUUAUUCCAAAAUGCUGCCAACAUUAAAAAGAUAAUGAAGUAGGUCAGUAGUGAUUGUAAAUUUGGAGUUAUUGAAUCAAAUAGUCCAAGUGCAAUGAAUUACAUGUUGUAUCUAAAAUAUGGGUUGGGACUGCAUUCAAAAUGUAAAAUUGAAGUAUGCUUUUGGUCUUUAAUUAGGGGAGAAGCUCAGAAUACCCAAAUCAUUCAUCAUGCAAGCAGCAGUUUGGUGAAAAAUGAGGUAUCUUGGAAUUUCCUUGAAAUGAUUUAUGGUUUAGCAUGCAAGUAGUUAGGUGGGAUUCAAUUUUCCUUGAAAUGUGUUAUACUUCAUCAGCCAGAAUGUUUGUAAAGGAUGAGCUGUUUUAAGUAUCAGUGCAAAUGUUGACUGAAAAGGAAUGAAUAGAUUGUAGUGCAAAUGUUCACUGAAAAGAAUCAGCUGUGCAGUGAAAAUGUUAACUGAAAAGGAAUAGCUGCUAGAUUGCAGUGAAAAUGUUAACUGAAAAGGAAUAGCUGCUAGAUUGCAGUGCAAAUAUAGACUAAAAAGAAAUAGCUGUUCAGAUUGCAGUGCAAAUGUGGACUGAAUAGGAACAGCUGUUUAGGGUUGCAGAACAAAUGUGGACUGAAUAGGAACAGCUGUUUAGGGUUGCAGAACAAAUGUGGACUGAAAAGGAACAGCUGUUUAGGAUUGCAGUGCAAAUGUUGAUUGAAAAAAGAACAGAGACAUUAAUUGCUAUUAAACAACAAGCAUCUUUGUAAGAAUUAAAACUUGAUAAGCUCAAGUUUAAACUGCCCAGCCAUCUUAUUUGGUGCAGAAUGAGUAGAGUGAAUAUAGUAUGAAACAGUGAUUAAAUAAUGCAUUUGAACUGACUGACCUCCACUGCCAAAUUAAAUUCAUCAUCUUAUCCAUCAACAAAUUGACAAUUAUAUGUAGUGCUCAGGGAUAGAUCUGACUUUUUUUAUUUUGAAAUUCUGAUCUUGUCAAAUUCUUCAUGUUGUUCUUGAUGUUGGUAUCGUAGUUUAAGCGUCCGCAAAAAUGCUUCUGUAGUGAACUGUAAAAUCCUGAUAUAUCAAAGACUUUGUUUUAAAAAGUGCAUUUGUUUUUUACAUUUAUUUCCAAUAUUUUUAUGAAAGAUUUGCAUUUAUAUUUACAUAUACCAUGUAUAUGUAUUUUCAUUUGAUAGUCAUUUAUAUUGAAUAUAACAAAAGUCGUAGGAAAUGACUUGCUGAUUUACUUUUAGCGAUCGCAUAGUGCUUCAUUGACGAUUUAUAAAGUCCAUAGAAUUUUGUUGUUAAGAAUAUUUUUUAAGAUAUAUCUGGCAAGGCCAGGAAAAAUAAACAAAUGGCUACAUAAUAGAGGAAGAGAAACAUGAGGUAUUUUUAAUAAAAUGUUACGUCAUUUCAAAAACCUUGGAUUUUUCAAAUUUAACAAAUGAUUACAUUAAAUGUGACAUUUUGCUUGUCAUUUCAACACACAUUUAAAGCUGGACCUCAAGUGAGUACAUGCUUAAUCCUGAUAAUAAAGAUAUCGUUUGUAGAUUUACUAAUGGAUGUGUAAUUAUUACUGUAUGAAAAUAUUUUCACUGUGUUGUAUGUCUUCCUGCCUUUUGAUAUUUAAAAAAUAGAAAUAGACCAUUAUUAAACAGUCUACGUUGCUAAUUAAACUUUUGUACAUGUAACUGGAUCAUGUUGUUAGUUACAGAUUACAUGUAUCUGACACUUUUACAUGCUAGCUAUGUCAUCACAUUUCAAAUCUGAUACAUAUUGUAACAUAGUAUCAUAUACGAAAUGUGAUAAUAUGUGUAUUACAUUUUACACUAAUUUGAAAUAUGAUGACUUAAGUAGCAUUGUAAGAGAUCAUUAUUGUUUUCUGGGAACUUCACUAGUAAUAUAUUGAAAUCCUAUAAAGGGGGGUGGGGGCGGCUUAUGUUGACCUUGCAACUUUAAGCAACUGGCGUUUCAGCAACUGAAAGAGACUGAAAAAGGUUGAUCUGAACGCUUCUUACAACUUGAAGCAACUAGUUGCAGUCAGUUGCACAUGUUUAACUUUCUGCAACUCAUGGCAACUAGUUGCAGCGACAUGAACGUUCUUACAACUGUCAUCAACUAGUUUCCAUGGGAAUAACAUCACAUGAUAAGAGACUUGUGUCAUGUGACUUUAUAAAUAAGCAAAAUGGAAGCGAACGAGGAUGCCCACUUUUCAAAUGUUGAUGAUGUGGACGAUAAUAUAUUAAUAGAAUUGUGGCAAGACUGACCAUGCCUUUGGGGUACUUCUAAGGUAUUUGCCAUUUUGUUGAUCACAUGAUGAAUAAAUUAUGUCACAUGUUAGUGUAAUCACUAUCAGUUCCGAGUCAACAUAAGCACUUCGAAUUCAGUUGCUCUCAGUUGCUGAUAUGAUUGACAUAAGAACAAUGCAACUAUCUUGUUUUGAAUUGCAAUGGUGACAUAAGCCUGCCUUUAGAUUGAAGGAUAUUCUUGCCUUUUAUUUUCUUACAGACAUCAAAACAAGCUGGCUAUUCAGUACCUCUUCCAAAUUCUUUUAAAGAAGUAAAACCUACUGUUCUUUAUUUAUUUAUAUAGGCCUUUAAUGAAGUAAAUUUAAGGUAGCAUUUAAAUUGUUUAGUUAUAAUGUGUACAAUAAUUGAGCGUCACUUCUUAAUUUUAAAAAAACAAUUCUUAAGUAUAGUUAUAUAUAGGCCGCAUUUGUGUUAUAAAACAAAACAGGUGUCUCCAAUUUUUUAGAGAUAAAUAUUAGUUUUCCAUAGGUAUAUGUUUUAGGCUUUAUCAUUAUGUGACUCGUGGUAGCAAAAUGAGUCGGAUGUCUGAUACGAUAUGAACAAAAAUAGUCUAAUAUAUAUUUUUAAUGAUAUAAUACUAAAGGUAAAAUUUUUGAUUUGACAAAUAAAGUAAACUAAAUUUGGUUUUAGAUUUUUAUCCUUUUUCAACAUUUUCUUUCAUGAUUUUAACCAGUUUUAACAUUUAUUAUCAUAAACAAUGACUUGUGACUUCCCGACUCAUUUUGUGGUCAUGGGUCACAUAUUGCUAACAGUGUUUGAAUAAUUCAUCCUUUGUAUAUAUGAUAUGCACUGUGCUCUUAAAGAGAUUAAAAACAUGUGGAUUUUAAACAUGGGUCCAUUUGUGAUUUUGAUUGUUCAUAAAUCAUAAAGCUGGUGUAAACUAUAAUUCGCACAAUAAAGAUACACCUUGUACAAGCAUGCAUAAAACGUGUAGUAAAUUGCAAUACAACGGAUAAAUAUAUUAUCAUAAAGCAUAAAGUUAAAUGUUGGGGAAAAAUAUUCUGAUCUAUAAUCUGUAAAAGCAGUAAUACCUUUGGAAGACAUUGACCGUAGGAGUGCUCAUGUUAAUGGUGCACAUUGAGUGUAAUUGGCAGGUAAAUCUAUCAACAUCAGUCUCAGGAAUCAAUACUCAACGGCUUUAAUUUCUUGUUGGCUUACUUUGAAUCUUGGAUUUUUUUAGGUCAAUACACGUUAUAUACUGUCAGACUUUCAGAUAGAAAAGGGCUAGAGGGUCCAAUAUAUGAUCUAAUUAUGUUAUGGGAAUAUAUCUUUAAAUGGUGUUUGUUGUAAUUAAAUUGAAAUAUUGCUGUUAUGAUUAAUAGACUGUUGAACAUAAAUGAUUAUUUUUCAUUAGAAAUCUUAUUAUUUUGGGACCUCAUUUUGUAUGAUUUGCAGCAACCUUGGUAAAAUGCACCUUUCCUCCUAACAUCAAUAUAGUAAUUAAAUGCCCUUGUAUAAAAUAUCUAGACGUCUUGCUAUGAAGAGGUUAUAGUCAUAGUGUCAUAAUGAAAAUCAGUUGUUAGAGACUACUAUCAAAGUAGGAUACACAAUGUAUUCUUCAUACGUUUAUAUCUUGGGUUUUUUUUUUAAUAAAAUAAAAUAGUCGAAGCCAAAGACAGUUUUUGUUUUGAAGAACAAUCUCCUAAAAGUGAGAAUCUGUUUAUGAUAUAUUAUUAUAAAACAUAGCUUUGCAUGUAUGUAUAUAUGGCAUUUUCUUUCAUAUAUAUUCAUACAUAUACAUGUAUCAUCUUUUUUAAAUACAUACUAUAAGUGCUAUAACGUAGUUGAUGUUUUUAUUAUAUUCUAUUAUAUGUAGUCGGAAUGUGUUUUCAUUGUUUUUACGUCAUUUUUGUUCGAUAUUAAAGAAGAAUGUAUGUUUUUUUAUGUGAAAAAUGUUGUAUUAAGUCAAUUUUUGUUUAUGUAUAUAAAUAUUUGUACACACAUUUUUAGCAUGGAUUAAGAAACAUUUAGUGAAAUAUGUUAUAGAAAAUAAAAUUUCUAAAAUUCUAUUCUCAAUAUGUAUUAUAUUUCUGAAUGCAAAAUACCUACAAAACAAUUAGUCCAGAAUUGGGAAAAAAGAUCCAUUAAUUAAAAUUAUGCAUUAGAAAGUUUAUGGUGCUAAGACCACACCAAAUAAUUUUCUGUUCUUCCCAGGGUCUAGAUAAAUAAAUAACGACUUGAAUCACAUGAGAUGCUUAGUUUAAAAUUUCAAACUUAAAAAUUUCCCGAACAAAUAAGGAGAAAAACUUUCAACAGGUGUUUCCUAAAAUUAAAAUUUCAAACUUAAAAAUUUCCCAGGUGUUCCCAAAGAACAGAAAAUUAAGUUGGUGUGGCCUACCACGUUUUGAAGUAAAUUUUAGUAUAUCAUGAUUCAUUAUGUUAAUGAAACAAUUAAAUUGAUUUAUCAUUAUGAUCAUCGUCAUGUUGUUUUAGUUAUUCUAGAAUACAAAAAUAUUUGCAUUGGGGUACUGCAGGGCUCAUGUUUCGGUCAAAGGAAUUUUACUGAGUCGAAAAUAAACAUAAAAAAUUAUCAAAUUUACUGGUAUUUGAUAAAAAAAAAAAAAAUAACCUACAAACCAAACCGGUUUGCUAAUUUGACAUAGUCACAAAAUUUUUUAAUUUGGAGUCCUGAGACCCUGUAUUUUUGAAUGAGGGGUACUGCAGGGCCCACAUUUCAGUCAUAGGAUUUUUACCAACUGGAAAACCAAAUUUAAAAAAAUUGUGAAACAAAUUCAAAACUAUGUUUUGCUAAUUUGAAAUAGUCACAAAAUAAGAAUCGUGUAGCAAAAUUUUUAAUUGGAAGCCCAGAGACCCUGUAUUAUUGGAUUUAUUUAGAACUUUACAUGUUCAACUGUAUAUUGAAAUUGUCAAAUAUUGGUAUGACUGUUAUAAAACAAAAAAGUAAACAUGUAAAGUAAAAUUAAUGAAAUUGAUUUACAUUUUUUUUUUUUUUUUCUAUUUCACCAAGUUAUGUUAUAGUAUAUUUUAUUUAAUUAAAUCAGGGCUGUUUAAAUGGCAUAACCAGAUCUCGGUUCCACGAAUAAUCUUUUCUCCACGUUUGUACUCUUUUGAGCACAAGACAGGAUUUUAUUUAAUAUUUGAUCUCGUUGAGGACAAUUUCCCAAAAAUUUCUAGCGGACAUCAUCUGCUAACAGACCUGGCCAGAGUUCAGUAGAAGCGAAUGCAAUGCUCAUUAGGUACUGUUUGUUAUAGUGAGUGAACCAUAAUUAAUAUGAUAUUCUAUUAUUACAAGUCACACUAUACUCAGAUUCAGUUGGAAAAGACAAACUUUUCAAAGCAAAUACUCUGCUGAACACGUGGGCUUGACACAAUCUAGGGUUUUACGUGGAACUGGGUUCAGAUUAUUCUAUGACAAGAUUACCUCAAACACAUAAAUCUCUUCAAAUGGAAAAUACUUUUUAUGUGGUUCAACCAAAUGGAAUGUCUCUCAAGUUACUUGAAAAAAUCAUUAAAAUGUUCCUUUCAGUUCUGUGUAAGUAAUUCUUAAUAGUUAAUAGAAUAAAAAGACUUGAAUAAUUGUGAACUUUUUAUGAAAAUCAUACAGCUAGAUAUUCAACCUGGUGGUUUCAAAGAAGACUUGCUGUUUCUCCAAAGUUUCAUACUGUUUUGAGUAUUUUCGUUAUUAACUCGAUGUUAAAAUGCUGCACAUAUGAAAUUUCCAUCUAUUUUCAAACAUGUGCCAUCAUGUCAAUAUCCCUUGUGAUAUCUUAUGGAAAUGAAAUCUCUCACUGUAAUCCGGGUAUCAUUUAAUCUUGGGUAUUUAGCACUAAUUUCUUUCAUGUUCAUUCAAUAUCAAAUCUUUUUCAGAAAAAUUGUCUAAAUUCGUCUAAUUUGUACUUCCAGUUUAAAGCUUACCGUUUAAUUUUUAUAAUGAGUGUCCAAAUUACAAGCAUUUAAUUUCCCCGACCACUGUUGAAAAAUAACAUCCCAAUUAAUCAUUAUACAUCAAAAAUCAUUUGGGUUUAUUUUUAAAGUGAUCUGGAAAUUAUAUCCUUGUAAAUUAGACACUUGUUACCAAAUCAAACAAAUUAAAUGGUCAGCUUUAAAUUGGACACAAGUACAAAUUGGAUGAUUUGGGGUGAUAUUAAACGAUUUUUACAAAUUUAAAAGUAAGAUUUGAUUUUGAAUGUGAAAGAAAAAUGCAAGAUUAAAGGAUACCUGUGUCUUACCAUAUUCAACAUGAUAAUUGCCCAGCAUCAGUAAACACCCACCGGCCAAGCUCUCAUCAUGGCGUACACAUUUACUUACCUAAUUUUCUUGUAAGACCAGUCGUAAGUGUCCCAGAACAGUAAACCACCAUGGGGUUUCAAGCUUUAUUUUUGGUUUGAUUCUUCCCCAGUUAACACCCCCUUAUUUUGAACAGUUUUUAAGGACUGAGUGUUUAUUGUGUUGAAUAUGGUACAUUUCAUCUUUUCCAUUUAUACUUUUACCUCAUUUUGUGCUUUAUUUUCAAUUCAUUGCUUGACAUACAGUAAUUCACUGAUAAAAAUAACUUGAUCAUAUUUACUAUUUUUGUCCUAUCUGCUCUUUUCUUUGCACAUCAGUGGCUCAUUACAUGCAGUUGGGCAUGGAUGGAUCCAUAAUAAUGACACACCUCUCGCAAAUGUACCAGUAUGCCAGCCUAAUUUAAUUUUCUUUUCUAAAAGUUAUUCCCCUUUAGGAUUUGGCUGUAAAUAAGUCAUAUAGCAUGGUAUUUUAAAAUUUAUGUCAUUUACAAUAAAAUGUAACUUUUAAAAAAACUAUCUGAUAAUUUGUUUUACGUAAAGGAGCUAAACCUGUAACUCAAUGUUUUCCAUAAAAUUUGUAAUUAAAAACCUGAAUUAAAGUUCAAUAUUAGUCCCAUUUCAAGCAAUAUUUAUGUUUUUAUAUUGCCGUGAAAAUGUGGGAUCCUAAUAUCCAAUAUUUAAGAUAUAAGAACAUGUUAAAAUCAGUUCACAAGUCGUGUAUUCUACAGUUUCGGGUACGAUUUGUAAUGAACAAAGAAAAGCAUAGCUUACAAGACAACUCCGAAGUAAUUAGUAAUGGCUGAUUCACAAACGAUUCGAUCGUAAUAAAAAUUAACGUGUAUAACGGACUAAUUAGGCGUAAAAGAUUGCUGUUCAAUUUGGACUAUUCACAUAUUUCACCAAACAAUAUUGAUUGGAAUUUACAAUAAAAAAUUUAAAAAUUGAAAUAAAUCACUUUAUAUACCUUCAUUCAUAUAACAUAUUACAUUAAUAUGUGUUUUUAGAUCCAUUUUCAUCUAUUUUAAGGUUACAAAGAAUAGAGCCAUACGCCCUUUAAGUGAUUUACAAUUAUUUCAAAGUUUGAACAAAAUGACUACCUCAAACUUGAUUAUAUUAUUAAUGUCAUUUCAUCCUUGCUACACAUGAAAUUUAAGUUAUUGUCAAUAAGAACCAUUUCCGUUAAAGAAAGGUGGUGCUUAUAGACUAUAGCUUUGCAUAAAAAUUUUGCUGCUGAUUGAAAUUGAACUGAAAUCAGCUGUAUUAAUUAUAGUUAUACACUGUUCAUACACUGUGACAUCUCAUGUGCACAUGAGAUAGGUUAGUUGCACACAAACAGCAUUAUUGUGAAGCUGCUGUUUGUAAUUUAUAAAGAUCGUGAUAUAUAGCCAUUCAGACUGUGAAUUCCAAUUCCAAUAUCUGAUUUAAAUUUAUGUCGUAGUGGUACUAUGGAUUAAUUCAAACAGUAGCACUAGUCAGUUUAAUUUUAAAUGUUUUUUUUUAGGUUUUUGUGUAUUUCCUUUUGAUUCUAACUACUGCUAACUCUAACAUCUCAAACUGUCAAGUGGAUAGCUGUGAACUAUUUAAGGGCUGUUUGAGGUGAUUUUGGGAACAGUUUCAAGCGGUUUUAAAUAUGAACUACAAAACUAUGUAAAAAAAAUAGAUCUUUUGUCUCCAGUUUGUUUGAGAUCUCAGCUGGUCAAUAUUUAAAUAUACCAGGUGCUAAAGGGUUUUGAAUAAUUUACUAUAAAUUUUCAUUUUAAAUUCUUAAAUUUAUCAUAACUGUCAUUUUAAUGUUUUUAAAAGUUUACGAAAUUUAUGUAGUUUCAUGUCAUUGAACAAUCUGAUUAAAACACAGAUCCUAUUUCGUUUCAUUUUUUAUAGUUCAAAAUUUUGUUUAUUCGUCUUCACUACACUUAAUAUAGUGUAGGCCAGCGAAAGUAUAAAAAAAAAAAAAAAAAAAAAUAUAGAUCUGUAUUUCAAUCAGAUUGGUGAUUGAAAAAUUUAUCGUUAUAUUUUAUCCCUUUUUAUGUCAUGAAAAUUUGAAUUUUCUCAUGGGAUUUAUCAUGUAAUUAAAGAUCUUCAAAUCAAUUCAGGUAAUCAUUCAAAAUUUCAGGAAAUAAAAAUCUUAUUCAGGGAAAAUAAUCAGUGAAUGUGAAGAUUAUAUUUGACUUUUAUCUGAGUUAAGUUUAUUUAACUGUAAAGUUGUCGAGAAAUGUAAAACAAAUUGAUCAAAUUAUACAGAAAGAUAAGGCAAGGUUGCACAGUUUCCAAGAAUUAUUCCAAUUUUACUAAAGCACUUUUCUCAUUUUAAAAAUAUUUUAACUUGGAAUUGAAAAAAAGUGAAAAAUCAAAUACUUGAGGGCACUUUCAACCUUGUCUUGAAAAUGAGUACAUGUAAUUUCAACAGUGGGCAUGAUAUUGGCCUAGGGUCAGGGUAUUUUAGGUUUUUUAUAUAAUGUGCUAUUAUUUGUAUUUUCUGACCCUGGGUUCUGUUCUGUAUAUGGCCUAGGGUCAGAAUGUAUUUGUAUUUUCUGACCCUGGGGUAUGUGCUGUAUAUGUGGUAUAUUAAACAGUGUAAUAAACGUAGAAGUUCUGUACACAUUA